AUGCCGCCGUACUCGCGCCCCCGCCAGCCGCCGGCGUCGCGGGGCUCCAAGCUGGGCUACUACCGGGCGUCGAUCGCCUGUGUGGGCUGCCGCAAGAGCAAGACGCGGUGUCUGCUCACGCCGCAACGCGAGCAGGACAGCUGCGUCAACUGUCGGCGCAAGAACCAGCCCUGCGCCUUUCUGACCGUCGACAAGAAGCCGCCCGACUGGAUCUGGUCCUCGAGGGACGGAUCUAGCGCCAGAGCCAGGGCCGGGGCUGGGGCCAAGCGGAGAGGGCAGCAGCAGCAGAUCACGACAGUGACAGAGUCCGAGUCUGAAGAGUUCAGCUCCUCUUCGUCUUCUUCUUCCUCCUCGUCGUCGUCGUCGUCAAAGCUCUCGGUCUCUGCGUCGCCCACGGGCUUGGACAUGGCUACCCGGCACGGUGCGAUGAACGAUAACGGCGAUAUUCAAUCAGCAACACAACAGCCGCUCCAGCAACACGACUUGUCCUGGGUCGCAGAUGUGGAUGAACAGCUGAUCCCAUUCGAGACGCUACCACCCUCCAACCUGGAGGGUGAUCGCGACCCGGAAAGCUGCUGGUUCGAUACGAGUCCGGCGGAAUACUUUGUCUCUCCCGACUACAUGGGCAUUUCCGAUGCCAACCUCAUACUAUCGCAGUAUUCAUAUUGUGGCCCGAACCUGGGGCCCGCUGAUUGGGUGUCGGACAUCAACUUCAACAGCAUGCCCCUGGAGUGUCCGAGCUGGUGUACCCACGACCCGCUCCCGCACGACCAUCACCUCCAGUCGACACUUGACCCGGGUGUGAUGACGCUGUCAAACUCGUACGGCGCUCAUGGGGCACCCCUUUCGAGUAUCUGA